AUGGAGCGGUCGUGUUCGCAGCAGCAGUUUGUUAUGGAGAUGCCCAUGGAGGAGCUGGUGGAAAUAUCAGAAGCCAUGCGAGACGGUCUGCAGGGCCGCAUCAAGGACAGGACGCACCGCCUGCGCACGUACCGCCGCUGCUUCCCCGGCGCGGCGGGCGUGCGGUGGCUGGUGGAGAGUGGCCACGCGGCCGGCGACGAGCAGGCGGUGGCCCUGGGGAACGCGAUGCUGCAGGCCGGGCUGCUGCGUCACGUGGCUUAUGAGCACACCUUCAAAAACACGCAGCUGCUGUACAAGUUCACAUCUGAUGACGAGGGCGGCCCGCUCCUCGAACUAUCCGCGUCGCGCCCGGCCAGCUGCCGCCAGUCCGAGACAGGGACGCCCCGGCUGGAGGGCGCGCCGCCGGACGGCCUGGCGUCGGCCGCCUCGAUGCCGGGAUCCCUCCACUCGCGGCUGCCGCGAUUCACGCCACCGGCGCCGGGCGGCGGGAGCAGCUUUGCCCACCGCGCGCUGCUGAACGCCCAGGUCCACAGUCUGAAUCAGAAGCUGGAGAGGCUGGCCUCCCAGCACGCCACCCUCCUGGCUGCCAACGCGCAGCAGCAGGAGGUGUGGGAGGGCCAGGCCUCGUCAGACCUGCGGGAGGUGAAGGAAGCUAUCGGGCAGCUGGCGGGCGCGCUGGCGGCGACGCAGGAGCAGGUGUUGCAGCUCGUAUCGCAGGCCUCCAGCACGCACGGUCUGCUCUCUUCGCAGCGCGCCGUGUCUGCUGUGCAGCAGCUCAUAAUGGCGCUGGCGAUGCUGGCCCUCGGCACCGGCUGGGCGCCGCCCGCGCUGUGGGCGCUCGCCGCCGCCGCGGCCGGCGCGCUGGCGGUGGUGCUGAUGGACUGGGGCGCCGACGACGCGCGGGAGCGGCGCGCGGCGGCGCAGGAGCAGCUCGCGGCGCAGCGGCUGUCCGCGCGCGGCCUCGCGGCGCGGCUGAGCGGCGGCGGCGGCGGCGGCGGGCUGCCGCCGCUGAUCACAUCCCUGCAAGGCGAGCGGCUCGGCCAGCGCAACGGCGGCGGCGGCGCAAAGCUGGGCGCCGGCGGCGACGUCGUAGGCGGCGCAGCGCCGGGCGGCGUGUGUGUGGUGGCGUCGACUUCGACGGGAUCCACCGCGUCUGAGGGCGGGUCCGACGCGCCGCCGCCGAUGGCGCGGGAGGCGGAGGCGCUGCUGGUGGGGCGCGUGAUGGGCGGGAAGCUGCUGGAGGACACGGCGCCGGCGCUUGAGGAGUUUGAGGGCUGGCCCGACGGCGACGUCAUCCUGCGCCCCACCCCCAAGUCGUCCGACUUGGCCGUCACCCGGGUGACCCGCUAUGCGUCACCCAGCCAUGUGGCAGUGCCCACGGAGUUACACGCACGCUGGGAGGCGGACCAGGCCCCCUACACCGACGCCGCGGACGAUGAUGUCGACGAGCAGCAGCAGCAGGCUCGCCGGGACAGCGGCGGCGGCGGCGGCGAGAGCGGCGGCUGGGUGCCGCAGCCUGGGGCGGGGCUGCCGCUCAAUCAGUACGUCAUCCACUUUGAGAGCGACCUGUUUGUGGGCAAGAUGCUGUCGUACAUCAAGGGUCUGCCCAGCAGCCACGAGCCCUACUUCACUGGGAAGAAGCGGCGCUCG